CCCUCACAAAAACCCCAAGAGGCAGAGAGAGAUCAAAGCGCAGGAGAGCAGUAACAUCCUCGGCAAUGGCGGCGAAGGGAGAAGGAAGCAACGAAUCGAAGAAGAGAAAGAGGCCGCUAACCUCUUCAUCAGCUACAGAUAGUAGCAAGGGGGAGAAACCGUCGAACCCGAAGAAAGUGAAGUUACCCUCGUCGAGUCACCCGAACAAAGGUGCAAAUAAACCUUUCAAAUCGACCAAACGACAAUCACAACAACAACAACCUCUCAAGUUCAAGUCGAAGUUUGGGAAAUCGGACACCCAUGGGGAGAAAACGGUGCCCAAAACCAAGCGUGAGCUCCGUUUACAAGCAAAGGAACUAGCAGAAGCUAGGAAGAAGAAGAGAAAGCCGCAUUACACCCUUGAACAAGAGCUUGCAUCACUGUGGGAAAAGAUGAGGCAACGUAAUAUUGCCAAACAAGAUAGAUCCAAGUUGGUGAGCGAAGCUUUACGGAAGAUGAAGGGGAAGAUUCACGAAAUCGCAAGCUCUCAUGUUUCUUCUCGUGUUCUGCAGACUUGUGUUAAGAACUGUUCACAAGCUGAACGAGAUGCUGUAUAUGAGGAGCUUCGCCCACAUUUUAUCACUCUUGCGUGCAAUACUUAUGCAGUCCAUCUAGUAAAGAAGAUGCUAGACAAUGCCUCAAAGAAACAGUUGGCAGAGUUUAUUUCCUUCCUCCAUGGGCAUGUUGCUGCUCUUCUUCGACAUAUGGUUGGCUCUGUUGUUAUUGAGCAUGCCUAUCAGCUGGGGAACACAACUCAAAAACAAGCUCUUCUGCUGGAACUGUAUUCUACCGAGCUUCAAUUGUUUAAGGAUUUGGUUUCUAUGAAAGAAAGCAAGUUAGUUGAUGUGAUUUCUAGGCUGGGCCUGCAAAAAACUUCAGUCUUACGACACAUGAGCUCUGUGAUCCAACCAAUUUUGGAGAAAGGAAUUGUGGAUCACUCUAUCAUACACAAGGCAUUGAUUGAAUACUUGAGCAUUGCUGACCCGUCUUCUGCUGCAGAUGUAAUCGAACAGUUGUCGGGUCCGCUCCUUGUUCGAAUGGUCCAUAGCAAGGAGGGGUCUAGGAUUGCAAUGCUUUGUAUCAAGCAUGGGAGUGCGAAGGAAAGAAAAAAAUUCAUCAAAGGGAUGAAAGGUUUCGUGGGCAAGAUAGCUAAUGAUCAACGUGGAAACAUGGUGCUUGUGUGCAUUCUUUCUAUUGUUGAUGACACUAAACUUGGAGCAAAGGUUGUUGUUAGGGAGCUUCAAGCAAUUUUGAAGGAGCUUGUUUUGGACAAGAAUGGAAGGCGUCCAUUAUUGCAGCUACUGCAUCCCAAUUGCCCCCGCUAUUUCAGUCCUGAUGAUCUGGCUUCUUUAGAUCUAUCUAUCCCUUCUCUCUGUACCAAGGGUGGAUUAGAAGUAAAUUCUGACUUAGAUAAGCUGGAAAAAUCUUCAAAGGUUGGUGAAGAUGUUGAAGAGGACAACAGUGACACAGAGGAUGUUACAACUGAGUCUGACAAAAGAGCAAAUGAGGGCGGGAAAAAGGAUCCUUUCUUGCGAAGACAAGAGUUGUUGGUUAAUAGUGGUCUUGCUGAGAGUCUCAUUGAUACAUGCAUUGAGAGUGCAGGAGAAUUGCUUAGAUCAAAUUUUGGCAAAGAGGUCAUAUAUGAGGUUGCAACUGGGGGUGCUGGUGGCAUUCUCCGCCCGGUUUUGGAUGCAAAGUUGGAAGCCUUGUACGAAGCGAUAGCAUCUCUUGCUGCGCAGCCGAACUCAGAGGAAGAAGAAGAGGAUCAUCUACUUGAGAAUUUCCACUCUAGCAGGACAAUUAGAAGAUUAGUUUUGGAUUGCCCCAUCUUUGCUUCCACCCUAUGGAAAAAAGCUUUGAAAGGGAAGUGUAAAACAUGGGCCCAAGGUCACAGUUCUAGGGUAGUAUGUGCCUUCAUGGAGUCCUCGGAUUCUGCGGUACAAGCGCUGGCUAGAAAAGAACUACAGCCUCUAGUCGAUGGUGGUAUCCUCAAAUUACCAGAGAACAAGCAGUUGGAAAAGCAGGUUAAAGUCUCUAAAGCCAAGUGACAUGUAAAAUGUUCGUCUCAGUCGAUCAAACAUCUCAAUCUCCCUGGUGGAUUCACCUUUGUUUUGUCAUACUCUGAUCUCUUCGGCUGUAUUUGGAUAAGCUUUCUGAAGUAAUACGGAGGGAAAACAAAAUGAGGGAAACGUAUGUCCAAUAUGUGACGGAAAUUUCCCUCCAUUUUCUUUUCUGUCUAGGAGUCCCUAUGCAAUCCUUGAUCCAAACGCGGCCUUGGGGUUAUUGAAGGACCGGAAGUGUAACCGAGUGCUCUUCUUUCAAUUUUGUAAUAGAGGUAAAAGCUUGGAAGAAGCAUAUUAUUACCAAAAUGACAAUCUAAUAUUAUCACUUUACUUAAAGCUGCAAUUUCAUGUAUACUACACUGAGAUGAACGUAUGAUUUCUGCUUCUCUUUA